AAUAUGCACGAUGAAUCGCCUCAGGGAUCAUCGACAGCCUAAAUAUCGCACGAGGAUCGCAGAAGCUUAGGGGACACACGGUUGACCCGCGUAUUGCGUCAUCGAAACGCAAACUUGAUGAAAAUGGACUCGACGAAACUGGGUGGACCAGCCCCGACCAGCCCAAGGGCUCACUCGCCAGCCUUACCGGCCUAUAGCUCCACCACGGGGGACGGUAACAUCGAUUAUAUAAUCGGAGACUACAUGGAGAGACUUGGCACCAGGUUGACCACGCUGGAGAACGAACUGAGGUACGCCUGGAGGGCGUUAGAUCUGCUCAGCCAGGAGUACAUCAAGAUGUGGGAGAGGCUGGAGAAGCUGGAGGGACUGCUUUACGAGCAGCAAACGGUGAUCAGUCAAUUGAUCGAGUUUUACGCGAGUGGUGCCAGUCACGAGACCCCCAACGUGGUUGUAGAGGAGACGUUGGCCAAUCAGCAGAGCACCGUCGGCGAGUUGGACGCCAUUGCGAAGAGCAUAGGCGCCACGAUGGCCGCCGAGGAGACGAACGCGAUUAGGGAGAAAUUGACCCAGCAAGAGAUCGCGAGAAUGCACGGACUCACGCAGGACAGCACAACUGCUGCCGCGGUAGUUACCGACAUACACAGGAACGUGAGGAACCUGGACGCUCUGGAGACUCUCGCGGAAGAGAGUAAUAUUCCAGAUGAGGCGUUCUACAGGAGCUUGAACAACGCGUACAGGGAGGACUUAAUCUGCGGCGACACGUCCAGACCAACGUCGCAGCUCGGAAUGAUUUGGGAGGAAGCGGAAGACGAGGACGUGAACGGGAAGAAAGAGGCGGAGUCGAACAUGUUCGACAAGACUAUGGAGAGAGAGGAAGAGAUGGAGGAAUUGACCGCGAUGCCGACAAAGGAGGAGUCUCCGGAGUUGGUGACGAAAAAGGAGGACGAAGCGGACGAGGACGAGGACGAGGGCGAAGUGUUCAGCGCGGCUGAUUACAAAAGUUACCGGGGGAACACACCUUGCGUCAGCGAGCAAGACCUGGCGCAGCUGUCUAGACUCAGUUCCAUUGACCAAGUUGCUCUGGAGAAACUACACGAGCUGGACAGGUUGACCAAUAAGUUGCAACAGGACUCUCAGAAUUUAAUCGAGCUGCAGACGAAACUGAUGGACUCUCCGAAGAGGCAAUACAGUUCCGAGGCUGAGGCAAAGUUGGCCGAAGAGGCGAGUAGCAUAGACGAACAGUUGAGAAAAAUCUACGUCGAGAACGACGUGGAUAGUUGGACCUUCUCGAAGAGUCCGGGAUCCACCGGUAGGUCGAUCUCCAGAGUCAGCACCGAUAGCGGUUUAGCGACUGACGGUGACUUCACCACUAGGUCAAUUUCGCCAAGACUUACAUCCACGUCCAGGACGAAUUUGGACUCCAUCUCGAGUACCUACACUCCACCCAGGCUAGCUAGCUACACCUCGGCUGUGCGCGAGAAGAGCCCAGAGCCGAUGAUCCAGUUGCCCAUAGACGUCGGUAGCUUUGCCAAAGGCUACGCGGAGAACAAAGAAUUGACUGACCUGAUGGCAGAAAGCUUCGCGGCUGUCACCUGCGCCUCGCCUACCAUCUACAGCACCACCACCGACAAAGUUCCGUCUCCUACGCACUCAGCCGGAAGUGUCCAUAGCGUGCACAGUGUGCACAGUGUACAGAGCCUUCGAACCAGGCAAGACGGUUAUUUCGGUAGCGCGGCUCGAUUGAAUUUAGAAUUUCAAGAGAGCAGAACGCCUCCGAGUCCGUCGCCUAGUUCGCCACCUCCUCCAGCCCCCCGAGACUCGACCGAACCCUUCCUGAUGCCAGGACUCGAUCAGAGAGAGCUGGACGCGAAACGACCUCAGAGCCCCACGUUCUUGAGGAGCGCGGAGAAACUGGUGACUCUGGAACAGGGUCGCCUAAGUCCACGAACCCCGCAUUCGCCUAAAUCGCCCCGAGUCUCGCCUAAGCACACAGCCAAGCCCAGCAGCGUGGCCAACAUCGUUGCGGCCAAGUCUGAUUCCGGCCUAUCUUCCAUGAGCGGGUGGAGCAGCCUGGACAAGUCCCCGAGCUCUCCGAAAAGUUCCAUCAGCAAGAUGCUUGCCUCGUACUCGGUAGAUCAUGCCAGAGCGACCUUAAUCCCCAGCACGACGACCGUCAGGUCUACCAGUCCGAUCCCACCUCUUCCUGAGACCACUACCACCAUCAUUACCCAAGAGCCGCUGUACGACACGCCCGAGGGAAGAGACGCUUUCGCGAGUACCACGUCGGUCACUUUCACAGUCACCAGUCACUCCUACACCGCGGCCAUAAACCAUUUGUCAGGGUACACGUCGAUGAAAAGCCCUACCACCAAGGAGGAGUACAGCUUCGUACCUCCUCCGGCACCCAUCGCGACCACCUGUCAGAGUCCAAAGAAACGAAGUCGUCAGCAGGCGUUACAGCACACGUACGACACCGUACCCCCUGGGACUACGAUCGACUACGUGUACAGGUCGGAGCAGCCGGCAAUUUACUCUGUGGCUGGCAGCAAUCGGCAGCAGGCCAUCACGAGCGUCUACACCAGUAGCGCCGGGGGCUACGGUCCAAAGACCACGACUACGGCUUACUAUCCGGACGCAGUGGAUCAGAAUAACAGCUAUCAGGACAAUUACACUGCCGUUCAGUACGCGGAACUGAACGCAGUGGCGGCUCACGCGAAGAAGCCUCUCAGGAGUAGCGUAUACGCGGACGGUGUCACGAACCACGAGGGCUACAAAACCGCCAUGUACCGCACCAUGUUCCUUACAGGGAACAUCACGGAUGCUCUGUCUUAUUAUCCAACCAGUGCAAAUCUACCACGAACGGAGACCAACGAGACUUCGUGGCUAAACUCGAUGGAGGAUCAGAUACCUCACGACUCGACGUCCUCUAGCAUCAGAUCCCUCACCUCGGAUGGCAGCUAUGCUCAGAGUCCCUACACUGACAGGAGGUACCCUCAGCCACCGGCAUAUCAGGCUCAUCAGUAUCACCACACGUAUGCGAAUCAGAACUAUCCGCAAGCCUAUCAGCAACAGUACCAACCGUACAGUCAGAGGCUGACUAGCACCGAGAGCGCACAACUUACAGACGGAUACCAAAGACAGUGGCAACGAGAGCAUCAGUACAUCCAGGAUCACGACAGCGCGAGGUUACCUAUCGACCAACCGCAGCAUCAGCAGAGCGAGUACUACGACGCGUCGAGCGUGAUAGUGUCUCAGUCUGGGUACAUAAGUAUCGCGUCGAACUUGAAAGACCACGAGAUAGAGACCACCAAGCCUGGCAAGAAGAUACGACGGGGUUCGUCCUUGAAAAAUGCGAUGAGCUCGAUGAGCAACUGGUUGCCUGACUUACACUUGAGCAAGAGGCACAGGAGUCACUCGUUGCCCGGUGGGGUAAGAAGAGAAGACUUAGACAUGUCUCAGGAGCAACAGCAGCAGCAGCAGCAGCAGCAGCAGCAGCAGCAGAAGGUUCCUGUGGAAACAGGUGUGACUAGAGGUCGUGGCAGGGGCCAAGCAACUAGGAAAAAGAAGAAGCAUACCUUGGUGUCUACCGUGUCCGGGAUUCUCCAAAAGGCUACGAGGCGAAGUCAUCAGUCCCAGUCGCUGUCUGAUCCUGAACAAUCGGAGACCGAGUGGAGCAGCGGCAGACAGAGUGGCCUGUCUGAAGACGAGGACAGCGUGAUGUCCGACGUGAACCAGGAGCCUCCGUUCUUCGCGAAAGUGAAGACAGCUAGCACGAAACGCAAACAGAUAUCCCAACCGAUUCCUCAGCAACCACAGCCGACCACCCAGCCCUUACCUCCCCAGCAGAAAGACUACAUACAGCAGCAACAGCAACAGCAGAACCUACAACAACAACAGCAAGUGCUUCAACAGCAGAUCCAACAACACCAAGAGCAGUUGCAGCAACAGGCUCUCCAAGACGGCUGGGGUAAGGAGAAAGAUCAGAAGAAGGAACUGGAGCACGAGCUGGCUGAACAAACAGGUGGUUUCGAGGAGGAAACGUCAGGGAAGAGCACGGGUUCCGGAUCAGGUGGCUCCUCGAUAUUCCAAACCGUGGGAGACAUCAAACGAUCCGCCGGUAGCUCCGACGAGGCACCUAACGAGAAGACUCCGAAGCUCCCACCCGUGACACUGAUGGGUGGCGCGAGCAUGGAAUUCGCGGUGUCCAGGGCACUAGGCAAGUAUCGUCAGAGACAAUCCUCCACGGUGUCGGAUGAGCAGCCUCCGAGCGAGGACGGUAGCACCGAGAAGAAGUCUGACGAGGGCACCAUCCCAACUCUGGAGGCCAGCUUCGAAUACCCUGAGGACAUGUCAGAAAAGAGCGAGAAGAGCGAGAAAUCCAGCAGCACUAGGUUACCGGAAUUGGUGACCAGCAUAUCGGAGGAAGCCCCGCCGUCCGAAGGAAGCCCAUCCGCGUCAAGCACGAGAGGUCAAUCGUCCGGCAGCCGAUUCCUGCCGCGGCAUCAGCAAUCCCUGGAAAUUCCAUGGACGGGUUCAAGACCGGGCGAAUUGGACGAGGACAACCGCAGCACGCAUUCCUAUCGAAGCACGUCGAGAGUCUCGUCCAGGCGGCAGAGUACAGAGGACUCGAUAGACUCCGAGGACGAGUGGUACCGGUACGAGCUGAGGAAGCUGGAAGAACUCGAGAGGCAAUCGCAGGUAGAGAUAGAGAUGGGCGAGGUGCUGGUGGAGGAGCCAGAAGAGGUUGAGCAUUACCAGCCGGACGAGACGGUUAAGGAGAAGAUGUCGUUCGUGCUGAAGGAACUGAAGAUGAAAGCCAGCACUAUAACCAAGGAGCAGGUGAAAGAGGACAAAGAAGAGCUACGGACGAGCAAAAUUAACGGGACGGUGACGAAGGAUCGUCGUGUGGAGGAGCGGGACAAGUUUCGAGACGAGAAGCCCAUCCCGAAGCGCAAAUCCGCGGAGAGUAUCGAAGCUGUGUUCGCGAGAGUGACCGAUUACCAUACUUGGGCUCACGAGGAGGAGGCGAAGAAGGAGAAACCUCCCUCGUCUAUGGAGGAAGGUUCUUCGGGAGAGACCUCUGGUCCCGACAGUCCAGUCCAGUCUAUGGACGAGGAGGAGGAGGAGGAAUUACCUAAAGACGUCGACGAACAACCAUCGAGACGCAGCUCGAGUGGCUCGACCUUUCGUCACGGAGAGAAGAUCCAUCCUGGCUCUGAACCCCUGUCUCGCGAGGGUAGCGUGAGCGUGCCACCUAGCGAGGUCUCUGUCAGUAUCCCGGGUGCCUGGGACUCGGAGAGCACCGUGCUCGAAGGGCUAGAGCGUGACGGAGCUGGUAGCGCGGAAACGGCUACCACGGCGACCUUGAGCCUACCGAAGAUCAAAAUCGAUUCCUCGUCCUGCGGCAGCUCUGACACUACGUUGAAAGAGGGCCAGGUAAGUCCUGGGCCACCUGGAUCAAAGUGGAAGCUACUGAAAGCGUUGAAAGAACGAAAGGCGGAAGAGAAGCUGAAGGAGGUCGAGGAGGCCGCCAAGGAGACCACCAUUACUCAGGGACCCACGGCAAACGGCAGCGGGCCUGGUGGCGAAUCCGGUGGACGAGGCAACGGGCAUCCGGGAGACAAUCCUUUCUACAGCAACAUCGACAGCAUGCCGGACAUCCGGCCGCGCCGAAAGUCGGUGCCAUUGGUCUCCGAGCUGGUCUUGAAGACAAUGGCGGCGACCAAGAGGAACACGCCAGGUCUGCUGUCAUCCGCGGUGCCCAGGGCCACGCUGAACGACGAGGAGCUGAAGAUGCACGUGUACAAGAAAACGCUGCAAGCGAUGAUCUACCCGAUCUCCUCGACCACGCCACACAAGUUCGUCACCUGGACCGCGACCUCGCCGACCUACUGCUACGAGUGCGAGGGUCUCCUCUGGGGUAUCGCUCGACAGGGUGUGCGGUGUACCGAGUGCGGUGUCAAGUGCCACGAGAAGUGCAAGGACCUGCUCAACGCCGACUGUCUACAAAGGGCGGCGGAGAAGAGCUCGAAGCACGGUGCGGAGGAUAAGGCGAACAGCAUCAUCACAGCCAUGAAGGAGAGGAUGAAGCAGAGAGAGCGAGAGAAGCCGGAGAUCUUCGAGCUGAUCCGGUCAGUCUUCGGGGUCAACGAGGAAGCAUAUACGGGUCACAUGACGUCGGUGAAGGAGUCGGUUCUGGAAGGUACCAGCAAGUGGUCCGCGAAGAUCGCCAUUACAGUGAUCUCCGCCCAAGGACUGAUCGCGAAGGACAAGAGCGGCACAUCUGAUCCAUACGUGACGGUGCAGGUCGGCAAAGUGAAGAAGAGGACCAGGACCAUGCCCAGGGAAUUGAAUCCUAUUUGGCACGAGAAGUUCUACUUUGAGUGCCACAACUCGUCCGACCGAAUAAAAGUGAGAGUGUGGGACGAGGACAACGACCUGAAGUCGAAGCUGCGACAGAAGCUGACAAGGGAGAGCGAUGACUUCCUUGGACAAACGAUCAUCGAGGUGAGGACGCUGAGCGGCGAGAUGGACGUUUGGUAUAACCUGGAGAAGAGAACGGACAAGAGCGCGGUGUCUGGCGCGAUCAGACUGCAUAUCAGUGUGGAGAUCAAAGGCGAGGAAAAGGUCGCGCCUUAUCACGUGCAGUACACCUGUCUGCACGAGAACCUCUUCCAUAGCCUGUGCGAGAAGAACGAUGGCGUUGUGGCGUUGCCUCAAGCGAAGGGUGACGAUGCCUGGAAGGUGUACUUCGAUCCACCAGGCGAAGAGCUCGUGGACGAAUUCGCGAUGAGAUAUGGCAUCGAGAGCAUCUACCAAGCAAUGACGCAUUUUCACUGCCUCUCCACGAAGUACCAUUGCCCAGGAGUGCCAGCGAUGAUGUCCACCCUGCUGGCGAACAUAAACGCGUACUAUGCUCACACCAGCGCGAGCUCUGCUGUCUCGGCCAGUGACAGAUUCGCCGCCAGCAACUUUGGGAAAGAGAAGUUCGUGAAAUUACUGGAUCAGCUGCACAACUCUCUGCGAAUCGAUCUGUCGAUGUACCGAAAUAACUUCCCUGCCUCGAGCCAAGAGAAGCUGAUGGACCUGAAGAGCACGGUCGACCUGCUGACGAGCAUCACGUUCUUCAGGAUGAAGGUGCUCGAACUGUCCAGCCCGCCUAGAGCGAGCACCGUGGUGAAAGACUGCGUGAAGGCGUGCCUUCGAUCCACCUACCAGUUCCUGUUCGAGAACUGCUGCGACAUCUACAAUAGGGAGUACCAAGUGGACCCAAGCGAGGCGAAGAGGGACGCCGAGGACCAUGGACCUCGUCUGGAGUCGCUGGACUUCUGGCACAAAUUAAUCGCGUUGAUCGUUUCGGUGGUCGAGGAGGACAAAAACAGCUAUGCUCCUGUCCUGAACCAAUUCCCUCAGGAACUGAACAUCGGUCAACUGUCAGCGGCCACCAUGUGGUCUUUGUUCGCUGUGGACAUGAAAUAUGCUUUGGAGGAACACGAGCAGCACAGAUUGUGCAAAUCCUCUGCCUAUAUGAACCUCCACUUCAAGGUCAAAUGGCUGCACACCAACUACGUGAAAGAUGUGCCACCGUACAAGGGUGCGGUACCCGAGUAUCCUGCCUGGUUCGAGCCGUUUGUCAUGCAGUGGCUAAACGAGAACGAUGACGUUUCACUGGAAUAUCUCCAUGGUGCCUUCAACAGAGACAAGAAGGACGGAUUCCAAAAGAGCAGCGAGCACGCGCUGUUCAGCGUCUCCGUCGUCGACGUCUUCACUCAAUUAACCCAGUGUUUCGACGUGGUUUCCAAGCUGGAAUGUCCCGAUCCGGAGAUCUGGAAGAGGUACAUGAAGAGGUUUGCAAAGACCAUUGUAAAAGUGUUAGUGGCUUACGCGGAUAUCGUGAAGAAGGAAUUCCCAAGUCACCUGAAGGAAGAACGAAUCGCUUGCAUUCUCAUGAACAACAUUCAGCAGCUUCGAGUGCAGCUAGAAAAGAUGUUCGAGUCAAUGGGUGGAGAGAAAUUGGAAGAGGAUGCGGCGAACAUCCUGAAGGAACUUCAACAGCAAUUGAAUGGAGCACUCGACGACCUUGCUAUGCUGUUUGCAAAGAGCUUGGAGCCGAGAAUAACCGCUUCCGUGAAGGAAUUAGGAGACCUGUUGUUAGCUAUUAAGGGUGGUGGACAGGUGCAGUUAUCGCAACCUGCCCAGAGAAACAAUGUCGCCGUGGAAGCUGAUGAAGUAUUGCGUCCCCUGAUGGAUCUUCUCGAUGGAAGUUUGUCCUUGUACGCUGAAUCUUGCGAAAAGACAGUGUUGAAGAGGCUGCUGAAAGAAUUGUGGAAGAUCGUCAUGAGGAUUCUAGAGAAGACAGUGGUACUGCCACCUAUGUCGGAUAAGAGCAUGAUGUUCAAAAAUCUGACGGAUAACGCUAAGAAUCUAGCCGCAAACGCAAAGAUAGAAGACAUGUCGAAGCUAUUCAAGAACCAUAUGGCUGGCAAACCUGAUGUGAAGAACGCACUGAGCGGUGUAAUGGAUAUUUCUAAGGAAGUAGAGAAGAAUCUUUCCCCGAAACAGUGUGCUGUCCUCGAAGUCGCUCUAGAUACCAUCAAACAAUACUUCCAUGCAGGCGGAAACGGCUUGAAGAAAACGUUCUUGGAGAAAUCCCCAGAAUUGCAGAGCUUGCGAUAUGCCUUGAGCUUGUACACGCAAACCACGGAUACUCUUAUCAAGACUUUUGUCACGUCUCAGGUCAAUCAAGUGCCGCUGAACAAUGCGUCAAAGCUACGUCAGCGUCAGCGUUCGAUGAGCAGCGAAAGAGGUGGUGACGAAGGGGAAGGAGCCGAGGGUAUGGAAAGCCUCGAAGAACCCCUUCGCCAGAGCAAGCCCUCUCUUCGUCGAGAGAGUCGACAAGUUCCAGAAACUGCCAGCACAGAGGAAGGUUCUGUUGGAGAAGUCAGCAUUCAAGUGGACCUCUUCACGCAUCCUGGAACUGGAGAACAAAAAGUCACUGUCAAAGUUGUCGCUGCAAACGAUUUGAAGUGGCAGCUGCCUACGGGUAUGUUCAGGCCGUAUGUUGAAGUAAACUUGAUUGGACCGCAUCUGACUGGAAAGAAGAGGAAGCAGUCAACAAAAUCAAAGAGCAAUAAUUGGUCGCCACAAUUCAACGAGAGCUUCGACUUCAUGAUUGGCAACGAACAGCAACAAUUGGACUUCUACGAGUUGCACAUCUGCGUGAAAGACUACUACUUCGCAAGAGAAGACAGAUUAGUCGGCGUUGCAGUGAUGCAGCUCAAGGACAUAGUCGACGAUGGCUCAUGCGCCUGUUGGUUGUCGCUCGGCAAACGAAUUCAGAUGGACGAAACCGGCUGGACAAUACUGAGGAUCCUGUCACAGAGGAAUAACGAUGAGAUUGCGAAGGAGUUCGUGAAGCUGAAGAGUGACAUCAGGCAGGAGACACCGUUACCAAAUCCUACCUGAAGCUCAAAGUCACAGCAUUAAG